AUAAAAAGAAAAAAAAGAGAAAAAAGAAAAAGAAAAAGAAAAAGAAAAAAUUUCCUGAGAUUUUCUCUCGAAAAUCCCUUGCCCAAUCCCCACUCCUGACAGCGGAUUUGUACUGUCACACUCUCCACAUGGAUCUAACUCACUGACACGUCUUUUUUUUUUUUCAUCGAGAACCAGCAAAAUCCUAUUCACCUUGGAUUCACGUUCCAAAAACCCUAUUCAGCAGAUCACGGAUGGGGGUUCCAGCGUUUUACCGGUGGCUCGCAGAUCGGUACCCUCUGGCCGUUAUGGACGUGGUCGAAGAAGAGCCGUCGGAGGGUGGGGCUGAGAUUGAUGUCUCCAGACCUAACCCUAACGGCAUGGAGUUUGAUAAUCUUUACUUGGACAUGAAUGGGAUCAUUCACCCUUGUUUUCAUCCCGACGGCAAGCCUGCGCCUACCACCUAUGAUGAUGUGUUUAAAUCGAUAUUUGAUUACAUUGACCACCUAUUUUCAUUGGUUCGCCCAAGAAGGCUUCUUUAUAUGGCUAUUGAUGGGGUCGCACCAAGAGCUAAAAUGAAUCAGCAACGCUCUCGGCGCUUCAGAGCUGCAAAAGAUGCUGCUGAGGCAGAAGCUGAAGAGGAAAGGUUGAGGAAAGAGUUUGAGGUGGAGGGAAAAAUGCUGUCUCCCAAAGAAAAGCCUGAAACAUCUGAUUCAAAUGUCAUCACUCCUGGGACUAAAUUUAUGGCUGUUCUCUCAGUAGCACUUCAAUAUUAUAUACACUCUAGGUUGAAUCGCAAUCCUGGCUGGUGCUCAACGAAGGUUAUUCUUUCUGAUUCGAACGUUCCGGGUGAGGGAGAACACAAAAUUAUGUCCUACAUUCGGUCACAGCGUAAUCUUCUGGGUUUUAAUCCAAACACUCGUCAUUGUUUAUAUGGUUUGGAUGCAGAUCUGAUUAUGCUAUCUUUAGCUACACAUGAGGUUCAUUUUUCGAUUUUGAGAGAGAUGAUCACUCCGCCUGGGCAACAGGAGAAAUGUUAUCUUUGUGGUCAAGUUGGUCAUCUGGCUGCUGAAUGUCGUGGUAUUGAAGUGGUAGAUGACACUCCGAUUCACAAAAAAAAAUAUCAGUUCCUGAACAUAUGGGUACUACGAGAAUAUUUGCAAUAUGAUUUGGAGAUUCUCAACCCUCCAUUUGAGAUUAACUUUGAACGUCUGCUGGAUGAUUUUGUAUUUCUCUGUUUCUUUGUGGGCAAUGAUUUUCUCCCACAUAUGCCUACAUUGGAAAUCCGGGAGGGUGCUAUAAAUUUGCUGAUGCAUGUCUAUAGGCGUGAGUUUUCUGCUAUGGGUGGAUAUCUUACUGAUGCGGGUGAGGUCUUGCUGGAUAGAGUAGAACAUUUUAUUGAGUCUGUUGCAGUUUAUGAAGACCAAAUAUUUCAGAAGCGAACUCGUAUACAACAGGCACUGGAGAAUAAUGAAGAGAUGAAGCUUAGAACAAAGAGAGAGGCUUCUGAAGAGCCACGGGCUCCAGUUGAAGACAAGGUGAAAUUGGGGGAGCCUGGAUACAAAGAAAGAUAUUAUACUGAAAAAUUUAAUUUAUCCAAUCCAGAGGAGAUUGAUAAAGUUAGGAAAGAAAUAGUUAUGAAGUACGUUGAAGGUUUAUGUUGGGUUUGCCGGUAUUACUACCAAGGUGUUUGUUCUUGGCAAUGGUAUUAUCCAUUCCACUAUGCUCCUUUUGCUUCUGAUCUUAAAGAUCUUGUUGAUUUGGAGAUUACAUUUUUCUUGGGAGAGCCAUUUAAGCCGUUUGAUCAGCUCAUGGGAACUCUACCAGCUGCAAGUGCAAGUUCUCUUCCUGAAAAUUACAGGAAAUUGAUGACUGAUCAAUCAUCACCUAUCCUUGACUUCUAUCCUUCUGAUUUUGAAAUUGACAUGAAUGGCAAGCGCUAUGCAUGGCAGGGUGUUGCCAAGUUGCCAUUCAUUGAUGAGGAGAAAUUACUUGCUGAAACAAAGAAGCUAGAAGUCACUUUAACGGUGGAAGAGCAAGUCCGGAAUAGUGUGAUGUUUGAUUUGCUAUAUGUCCAUGCUGUUCAUCCUUUAGCUACACAAAUUAUUUAUUACUACCAUUUUUAUCAGAGUUCACCUCCACUUGCAAGAGUUAUAUGGCCUAUUGACAUAAAUGCCAGUGGUGGAAUGAAUGGAUACCUAUGGUUAUGUGAGAGGAAUGGUUGGAGAUCAGAAUUUCCUUCUUCCAUUAGUGGAUUGCAAAAUAUUGAACAUAACCAAGUCUUCAAUGUUACCUAUGUUAAUCCUCCACAUCACAAGCAUAUUCCGGAACCUCCCAUGGGAGUGGUCAUGCCUGAAAAAGUUUUAAGACCUUUCGACAUAAAGCCCUUGCCUGUGUUGUGGCAUGAGGACAAUGGUGGUCGGCGCCAGCAAGGCAGAGAGAGGCCACAAGUGCCACGGGCAAUAUCUGGUCCUCUAUUGGGAGAAGCAGCACACCGGCUACUUAAGAACACACUGAAUAUCAAACCCAACAACACAUCUUCUGGAAUGUUGUUACAAACACCAUAUCGUAAUAUGCCAAGCAAUUAUGUAGUAAACCGGCCAAGGCCAGCUGGACCCUCUGGGUAUGAGAAGGGCUUCAAUGGAGACUCAAAUUAUUACUAUGGACAUUAUGACAACCCCCGAGGUGCACUCAGUAUCCCUCGGUUCCCCCCCUCUCCCAACAAUAUGCAAGGCAACAGACAGAAUUUCAGGGUGCAAGAUAGAUCAACAUUUCAGGACCAAUAUCGCAACUCAAGGACAGGAAUGUCUGCUUUGACAACAGAGCAGAAUUUCAGGGUUCAACAUAGACCACCAUAUCAAGACCAGUUCUCUGAAUUAAGUAUGGGAAUGUCUACUUUGACUAUAGAAGAAGGGGUUAGAACCAGGCAACCUAUAGUAAGGCCAUCAAGGAUGCCAAGUGCAGCAGACACACUGAACACUAAUAACCAGUUUGUACAGAACAAAAGUCCUCCAGCACCACCCUCAAAGUGGAUAGAGAGACAAGCAACUGGAAAUGCUGGAAUGAUUGUUAGACAACAGGACAAUGUGUCAGCUGGAACAUAUGAGAAACCUAUAAAAAAGGUUUAUCAGGUUAAGAUGCAACACUUGCAGGAUUCAUCUGAUCCUGGAUCCCAGCAAUGAUUCUUGUGGCUUUUCUUGAAUCUGGCUGUCUCUAUGAUUAGAGCAGAUGUUUCCAGAGGACAUGCCUGACACUUGUUGGGGCCUGACAUGCACAGCAUCCCAAAACUUGACGAUGUGGUUGUGAGCAUAGCCCCAGCUUUAAUUUUCUUUUGCACCAAGUUUGACACGUAGCUGUUUGGCAUGCCAGGCUACAUUGGAGAUGGAUUUCUUGUGUAGAAUAUGUGCAAGUCCUGCAUGAUUUUGCAUAUUUUGGUGGGAGGAAAGUGCUACAAGGACACUCACUUCUGGUGGGUUGAUAUAGUGGGAUGUAAAAUAGACACCUGAGUUGCAGUUGGGUUUAAGGAGCAUACAAAACAUUGUGAUUGUAUUCUUUUAGGAUGUUUUUAAAUCACAGUUUCACCGGGACAAAACAACAGCAGAUGUAACAAUUUUUUUCUUCUUUCUGGAGAUGUAACCCACACAGAACUUUCUGUUUAUGGGCAUCAACUUGUACUUGAAAUUAUUAUUUUCUUUACAAUUUCCUCAAAUUAAAUCAUGACUCGGAAAGAGUUUAUAAA